UAUAUAUGACGUCACGUUUAGUUAGAAAAAAAAACUGAAAUUUAUAACGAUAAGCUAAGCACGUCGUGCAUGCCGUGUGUUUUGUGUCUAACAUCAGUGGAACCGAUUGUCUUGCUCAACGGUCAGGAAUGUCAGCGGACAACGACGGCGGAGAUCGACUCAACCAGUUCAAAAACAAAGGAAAAGAUGCCAAUGAGCUCAGACGCAGGAGAGCGGAAGUCAGCGUUGAGCUCCGUAAAGCAAAGAAAGACGAUCAGAUCCUGAAGAGGAGGAAUGUUCUUAGUCUUUCGGAGGAGCCGACCUCUCCUCUCCAAGAGAAAGAUCCUAACGCUCAGCCUCCUCAGUACUGGUCUGUGGAAGAGAUUGUAGCAGGUGUAAACAGCCAGAAUCCAGAUCAUCAGCUACCGGCCACGCAGGCAGCCAGAAAACUGCUCUCCAGAGAGAAGCAUCCACCUAUUGAUAGCAUCACUGCUGCCGGCCUUAUUCCAAAGUUUGUUAGUUUUCUGGCAUUGUCUGAAUGCCCCCCCAUCCAGUUUGAGGCAGCUUGGGCCCUGACUAAUAUCGCCUCCGGUACAUCAGAGCAGACCAACGCUGUAGUGGAAGGAGGGGCCAUCCCAGCCUUCAUCAACCUGGUGUCAUCGCCCCACCCACACAUCAGCGAGCAGGCCAUUUGGGCUCUGGGCAACAUUGCAGGUGAUGGACCAAACUGCAGAGACCUAGUGAUCAAACAUGGUGGUCUGCAGCCACUCCUGUCACUGCUGGCAGCCCCUGACCUCUCUCUGUUUCCUGCUGGCUACCUGCGCAAUGUUACCUGGACACUGUCCAACCUGUGUCGGAACAAGAACCCAGCACCUUCUCUGACAACUGUGCAGCAGCUGCUUCCAGCCCUGGUGCGCCUCCUGCACCAUGAUGACAGGGAGGUCCUGGCUGACACUUGCUGGGCUGUGUCCUAUUUGACUGAUGGCUCCAAUGAGAGGAUAGAGGUGGUGGUGCAAGCUGGCCUGGUGCCCCGUCUGGUACAGCUUCUCGCCUGUGGGGAGCUCUCCAUAGUGACUCCAGCCCUGCGGUCACUUGGAAACAUUGUGACCGGGACAGAUGAGCAGACCCAGUGUGUGCUGAAUGCAGGUGCCCUGGCGAUGUUCCCAAGCCUUCUGCGCCACCACAAGCACAACAUCCAGAAAGAAGCAGCCUGGACUGUGUCCAACAUUACUGCUGGCAAGGACACCCAGAUUCAGGAGGUUAUCAAUGCAGGCCUGAUUCCCAUCCUGGUGGAGGUCCUCCAACAGGGAGAGUACAAGACCCAGAGGGAGGCAGUGUGGGCCGUCACCAAUUAUACAAGUGGUGGAACAGUGGAGCAAGUGGCCUACCUGGUCCAGUGCAACGUGCUGGAACCUCUGCUCAACCUACUGACAGCCAAAGACAGCAAGAUCAUCUUGGUCAACCUGGAUGCAAUCUACAAUAUUUUACAGAUGGCACUUAAAACUGGUGAGAGUAAGAAAGUUUGCCUAAGGAUCGAGGAGUUGGGUGGUUUGGACAAGAUUGAAGCACUACAGUCCCAUGACAAUGAAGGUGUUUACAAGGCUGCUUUCAACAUUAUAGACAGAUUCUUCCAUGAAGAGAAUGAUGAUGAUGAUGAGUCUGUGGUUCCUGGGGCUGCAGGAGACUGCUAUACUUUCCAGAUCCCUGAAGACCAAAGCACUUUCCAGUUUUAACACAUCCAGUUUGCUCUUUGUAACAUACAAAAGAGAACAUUUUAACCUUGUUUAUAUUUUUAGACACUCAGUCCUUGUGCAUAACCGUACAAAGACAAAACAACCCUUUUUAAAAAGUGUAAAUAAAUUUUAUUCAUGCAUAAUAUUAUUUUCUAGAUGUGUGUAUUAAACAAGGAAACCUGUGAACGAU